GUAGACCUCCAGAGUGAGGUUCUGCCUGCCGGAGGCUGCCACCGCCACUUCCCUGUGGAGACCAUGAGUGAAACCACUAUCACCAUGGAUGGUGAGGAGGCAACACCUUCCAAUGAGGAUGUGGGCGAUAAGAAGGCAGGAGACUACAUUAAACUCAAAGUCAUUGGACAGGAUAGCAGUGAGGUACACUUCAAAGUGAAAAUGACAACCCAUCUGAAGAAACUCAAAGAAUCCUACUGUCAAAGGCAGGGAGUUGCAGUGCAUUCACUUCGAUUUCUGUUUGAUGGUCAGAGAAUUGCUGAUAAUCACACCGCCAAAGAACUGGGAAUGGGGGAAGAUGAUGUGAUUGAAGUUUAUCAGGAACAAACCGGCGGUCAUCCAAUGAUUUAGAAUUUGAGUGUCUAGAC